GAAUAGAAACAGGAGAUUCUGCCUCCGAGCCUCUGCUGCAUUGAAAUACGACACAUGUUUUGCUCAUUUUGCUGCGUUUAGCAGUCUUUAACCAGUCAGAACCCGCACGGCCCGCACCAUUCUCAGAUCGUCACCAUUAAAACUUCAGUCGUCCAAACCAAAACAGGCAAAACACUUCAAAAGAAGGCUCCAUAAGCAGUUAAAAAACUAGAUUCAGCAAAAGCAUCCCAUUUUUAUAAUGGCAUCAUCUGCCACCCUUGAUAAGACGGAGCUGAUGCAGAAUGAUGAACUUGGAAAUAAACAACCUACCACUCUGUGGGAUCCGAUGGCUUCGGCGUUCUACGACAAGAAUUUCAACUCCUACCUGCACGGCCCAGGUCGGAGCUUCUCUGAGCGAGCAGCUGGGAGGAAAAAAGGCGAGCUUGUGCAGCUUUUCUUCCAUAAUCUUCCUGAACUUCUGGACCAGCACGGUCUCUGGAAUAUUUGUGCCAAAAUUCAGCCAAAAGUUGCAAGAAGCUUAGUCUUCCGAAACAAAAGGAAUCAAACUGUGGGAAUCGUCGGAUACUGGAGUAUUAGGGAAGCCCAAGAGGUUUUGCUGGCCCUUGACCAAACUCCGCCGUGGCACAUGCGAGUGACCUUUGGCUGGAGCAUUGAGACGAAAACCAAUCAGGAAUCCAUCCGAUUGCACAAGGAAAUCUGGCGCCAACGAGAAGAGCAACGAAAAGCAAAACUUGCAAUCAAGGACGUGGAGGAGUUCAAGCAGAUUAGCUGGACCUUUCCAGUCAACAACCUGUCCGUCGAGGCCAAAUCGGCGUUGAUCAAUUUUGCCGAAGACGGCUUCUUUAACUGGAAAUUCUGCAUUGGUAGAGGAGCGGCUUUACCGCCACGUCAGCCUUUCCUUUCCAAUCAAUUGAAUUUCCUCACUUUCGACGUGGAGCACUACAGGGCCAUGAUGAAUCUGGACUUGGAUGGUAACCGUGAAACGGAGCUAGACGUUUUCGGCCACAUCUCUGCAUCUUUCUUCGCAGAAUCAUUGGCUGUUAUUGAAAUGGUGUGCGAAGAGAGCCGAAGCAAAAUCAGCACAAAACCCAGAGUCAUGUUUGGAGGUAGAGCUUAUUUCCACAAUGGUUCUUCUGCUCCCCUCGGCAAUCAUCAGAUUUCCAUGGAGCCCUUUGAAUUCUGCACUGCUGGCUUUAAAAAUAAACUAGCUGGGAACUCUGCAGACAUCAAUGAGGAGGGAAAGAUUUCAAAUUGCACUUUCUGCAAAUUGGCGACAAGUACUUGUUGUUCCACAUGUUAUCUGCCUUUCUGCAGUGCUUCAUGCAUUGACCAACACAAAAAUGCAGUUUGUCAGAAUGAGGGCGUUUUGAUUCAUCCGAUCUUCCAAGCAAAGAUAGCUAAGAAGUUUGCAGAAAUUCCAAGAAACCUGACUAUUGAUUGUUAUGAGGGAAGUAAAGAGAUUACAUCUAAAAUCUUAUGUCCCAGCUCCAUAAUGAGCAAUUUGAGUAAUGCCAACAGUGGACAGCUUCUUGUCCAAGACAUUGUCACUCAAUUUGGUGAGCCGCAGGCGUUUACUUGCAUUAUUCUGACCGAAGAGUUGAGACCAUUGUUGAAAGCCUUUCACAAUCUCCACUCUGGCAAAGCAACAAAUUCCUCUACAGUCUUGAUCAAAUUAGAGCCAAACUUUGUUGUGGGCGAAAUGAAUUUGGUUCCGUACGAUGGACGCUUUUGCCGAGCACUGCUUGUCGAGAAGGUUGGCCCAAAUUGGAGAUGUAUUGUGGUGGACAAAGGAGAGACGAUCGAGGUCUCGGAAGCAGACAUGGCUGCAGUGCCCUUGGAAUACCUGAACCAACCUAGACUGGCACUUCUGGCCACUGUCACUAAGUAUUUGGUGCCCUUCAGAGACUUCUGGGCUAAAUUUGUUAGCCCUAAGAAAAAGUUGUCUCUAAGAAAUAUUGAAGUCUCAAAGCAGCCGGAUGGAAUGGUCCAGGCAAAAGCCAUGGUUAAAGGUCGCAAUAAGGGAGAGGAGUUGUGCCACAUCAAACUCUCCGACUGGCUGCCGUUGCGCCCCGAGGUGUCCAAGAGGCACUUCAAGACGAUUCCUCUGGAUCACAAAACUCAAGUCGUGGUGACCACGUUUUGCAGCUCAAACGUCUGCUACGCCCAAUUGCAGGACAGGGCCUCUGAGUUGUGGCAAUUGCAGAGCAAACUGAGCACCAUUCCAUUUCAAUGUCAGCCCAUGAGUGUUGUCCCAAUGGCAGGAAGUCUUGUGGCAGUCAAGUCGGGGGUUGACUCGAGAAUGUACCGCGCCAUGGUGAAAACCCAGACCGGACGAAACACAGCAAUUGUUUUCUUCGUAGAUUUCGGAAACCAAGAAGAGGUCUGCGCGAAUCAGAUGUACCCACUGCCCAAACGUCUUGCUCAGGAAGCUCACCAGGCAGUUCUGGUCAAGCUGAAAGAUGUUCCAGCUAGGCCUAUGACGUUGGCUGCAUACAUUCAGUGGUGCAAUUUGGUCGAGUCCAAAAUAGCCAUGGAAGUGCAUUUGGACCCGAAAACCAAUCUUGCAUCUUUCAUUUCCACUUUGUCCAAUGAAUGCUUCAACUCGAAGUUGCAAAAAGCACUGGACGGUGACAAGGACUUUGACGAAGAUUCUGGUGGAAAUAUCCCAACAAUUUCCCUCGAAGAAGGGAAAAUGGUGCAGCUGCUGGUUCUGCAAGCGCCAGUGGACCAUAAAUUCGUCUGCACCAAGGCCUCCUCACCAUUGCUGAGACACGUCCUUGACACGCAGGUGCGCCUCGCAGCCAAGUUUGUUGCAGAGUGCAAGGACGGAAAUUACAUUCCCUGCUUCCAGGAAUUAUGCUUGGCUAAAUUUUCUGAUGGAUUGUGGUACAGGGCUUUGAACGUCCACACAAACAAGAAGAGCUGUGAAGUUUUGUUCAUUGACUUUGGAAACGUCGUGAAUGUGGAACACGCUUGUUUGCGAAAAUUGCCUCCAGAACUCAAAACUGCCCCAAGUUUGGCUUUGGUGGCAAAUAUUUUUGGGUUGAAAGAAGCUGACUUUCCAAACCAGGAGGUUGAGUUAGCUCUGCAGGAAUACCUUCAGCCGUUUCAAUCCUACCAAGCUCUGGUUUGCAAGCAGAGAGAGGGAGAAAUCGACAUUGUGAUUCCAGGUUUGCUUGAGCAUUUAAGUGACCAAAGUUUGCUGCCUGCCAGCAAAUUGGCUGAAGGUCAAAAGCUGCUCCUGUCUUGUGGAGACUACGUUCCUCCUAAGACUGAGCCGCUUUGUGACCAGUUGAUUGAUCUGACCGAAUCUGAAGUGUCCACUGGAGGUCAUCAGACAGUCGAUAUCUUCUUUGACGAUGACAUGUCAAACCUUAAUUUGCGCCAGCCUUCUCUUUUGUAAGAUUACGUAAAAUGGUAUCAUGCAAUUAUUAUUUUUCAAAAGCUUGAAUUAUUUCUUCUGUGAAAAAUUAGAAGAAAAUUGUGAGUUGAUUUUAAUUUUCUUUAAGUACAAGAAUUAAAUUGAUACAAUCUAAUGAUGGCAAAUUUAAAAUUAAUUAUAGAGGCGUAGAGUUGAAUCUGAUUUAUAUGAGGAGGGAAAUAAAUCAUAAAUUGAAUAAUAAAGACUCGGAGUCAUGGA